AUGGCCGAGAUAGCCGCCUCUGUGUCCGGCGACGCGCCUGAAGGCGACGGAGCCUACCCUCACCUGACGUUUAAUAAGAGGUUCGAUGACUACCAUCGCUUGUCGAACCUAUUUGAAACCUGCAACAUCGAUGUCACGGCUCCGCUGCCUUUGAAGAACAAAUGGGUCAUUUGGGAGCAGAUCGUAAAGAACCACGACCAGCGCCACAACACGGACUACAAGUGCCACACCAGGCCCCUGGUGUCGUUCGACUCAGUACAGAGUUUCUGGAACCUGUGGUUCAGCAUCCCGCAACCCAGCGAGCUCUCCACGUCACAGCGCCUUUACAGGGAGUGCACCGACGGCUCCCAGCACAUUGUGGACGCCAUUAUGAUAUUCAGGGAUGGCAUCGAGCCCAUGUGGGAGGACACCAUGAACAAGGAUGGCGGCCACUUCGACUACCGCUUCAAGCCCGGCGAGGUGGGCCAAUUUGUCGUCGACGAGUUCUGGAAUAACAUCAUCCUGGGUUUGAUAGGUGGCGAUAUGCCCCAUGCGCAUCUGAUAAACGGCGUGCGUCUGGUGGACAAGCUGGCAACGCGCUUCCCGGUGGUGCGUAUCGAAGUCUGGUUCCAGAACUUAGGAGAAGACAACGAUGCGACGCAGCUGAUGAAAUCCAUCGGUAAUUGCAUGGCACGCCGUCUGGACGGCACUAUCGGCAACGUGCCGAAGGGCGAUUUGAAGUGGCACUGA